AUUCUUUCUUGCUUUUGUAUCGUAUUUCAAUAAUAUCAAUAAUAUCAACAUGGUAUCAGAGCCAUGCUAUUUUCAAACUCUCUAGUGAUAUUUCUACCUCAUCUCCAUGGCUAUUGGAGAGGUUACAGUUACUCCUAAAAUAGAAUACACUUCUCCGUAUUAUUUGGGUCCUCAAGAUAGACCCGGAGAUUUUAUCACUCCAGUUCGUCUUACCGGUGAAAAUUACGAUGAUUGGUCAAGUUCUGUCCGCCUUGCACUUCGCGCUAGGCGUAAAUUUGUCUUCGUCAAUGGUGUUAUCAAUGAGCCCCAGCCUCCUUGCACUGAGGAAGAUUGGUUGACUAUACACUCCAUGUUAGUCUCUUGGAUUUUGAAUACUAUUUCACCGGAGGUAAAACUUACUUUGUCUAAAUUUGAUGAUGCAAAACUUCUUUGGAAUGAUUUAAAAGAGCGUUUCUCGGUGGUUGACGGUCCUAAAAUUUAUCAAGUAAAAACCGAUAUUGCUAGAUGUGAACAAUCUAAAUCACAGUCGGUUGCCACCUAUUAUGGGAAGCUUAAAGUUUUGUGGGAUGAGCUUAAUAAUUAUGAACCAUUGAUAAAUUGCUCUUGCGGUAAGUGUACUUGUAAGGUCAAUACUUUACAUGAACAACGCCGAGAAUCCGAGCGAUUUCAUCAAUUUUUAAUGGGAUUAUCUUCAGAAUUUUAUGGACAAAUUCGUUCUCAAUUACUUUCCCAAACACCUCUCCCCACGCUUAAUCGGGCGUUCCAACAAAUAUCACAAGAGGAACGGGUGCGUGGAAUGGUUCAAAGUAAGGAACGAGAUGAAAAUAAUGAAGUCAUGGGGUUUGCACUUCGGUCAGACAUCCAAGGAAAAUUGAAAUAUGAAAAAAUUGAUAAAUCUGGUUUAACUUGCACUCACUGUAAAUCUCGGGGACAUACCAGUGCAAGCUGUUUUGAAAUUAAAGGUUAUCCAGAAUGGUGGGGCAGCCGCCCCAGAUUAUCUGAACGAAAUGUGAAGUAUUUUCCUCCGUCUGAUGGGCGCACUAUGCAUCGUGGACAAAAAAAUGCAGCUGCCAAAGUCAACUCUACUAUUAUUUCUAGGCCCACUGUCAACCCUGCAGGUAUGGAGCAUCAUCUUAUCUCUCCAGCAGCAAGUCUCCAGCUCAUGCAUGCAUCCAACACUCCAGGGCCAAGCCAACCAACAUCUGCAACUUGCAGUUCGGAUGUCUACUUCAACGAUAAUGGUCCCCAGCAUGCUGCUCAUCUCUCAGGCCAGCAGGAUUUCUCCAUGGCCGUAAGCUCCUCCGGGCAGCUCCCUACCGCCGACCAUGGAAGCGGCCGCUCCAUUUUUUCCGAAGCUCAGUGGCACGCACUAAUGGCGGCCUUUGGUCAGCCACCUUCUCCGUCCAACCGCAUGCACGGACCUUCAAAUGAGGAAGCUGAUUGGACUGGGUAAGCGUCGAGAUGGACUUUACUAUUUCUGUACCGGAAAAUUGGUUCAUUCCCUUGCCGUAACCAACUCAACUUUAUCUGUGGACAUUUGGCAUCAACGUUUGGGACAUCCAUCCGAAACAAUUAUGUCGUCUCUUUUUCCCAUGCAUAAAUUUAAUAAAAAUUUGCCAUGUGAAAUAUGUCACCGAGCUAAACAUUCUAGAACUCCAUUUCCUACAAGUACUAAUAAAACCACCCGAAUAUUUGAACUUGUUCACUGUGAUGUUUGGGGUCCUUAUCACACUCCCUCUUCUUGUGGUGCUAAAAGUUUUUUAACCAUUGUGGAUGAUUUU